AUGUCGAAGUGUCAAGAACCUGGACAAUGCGCUCUUUGCCCAACAGCGACUCAACCACAACAUGCAGAAGAUGUCGAGGCACCGCUAGGAUGUAAAUCUCCAGGUGCAAAUAUGAAUGCAGACUCUCGCCGUGAGCGCCAAACACAAUCACCCGAAACUCCUGAGUCAUCAUCCAAAUCUUUGACAAGCAGUGUUGUGGAUUUUCCAGAAGAAAAUGGCAGAACAUAUCAUGGCUAUCGUCCAGGAACAUACCACUUCCCAAAUGACGUCAAUGAACAAGACAGACUUGAGGCACAAUUCGAUAUGCUAAAAUGUGCUUUUUCAGGUCGCAACUUCUUCGCUCCUCUGUCUGACCCUCGGUAUAUUCUCGACAUUGGUACCGGUACAGGUCAAUGGGCAAUUCAAAUGGGCGAUACCUUUCCAGAGGCAGAAGUCCAAGCCACUGAUCUCUCUCCAAUCCAGCCAGUAUCUGUCCCAGAAAACGUUCAUUUCUAUAUCGACGAUGCUAGCGAUGACGAUUGGGUACUUCCGUCCAACCACUUUGAUUAUAUUCAUACCCGUGUGUUGCUAGGAUGCUUCACGGAUUUUGAAACCAUCAUAAAAAGAGGGUUUCACUACACGAAGCCAGGAGGCUAUAUGGAGAGUCAAGAAAUUUUCUUCACUCCAUAUUGUGACGAUGAAUCGAUGACUGAAACCUGGCCAUUUCUAGAAUGGAUUGGGUUUGUCGAAAAAGCGGCAAUCAAAGCUGGCAGAUCGAUGAAUAUUGCCAAAAACCUCAAGAGCUGGUACGAAGCAGCUGGAUUUGUGGACGUGCAGGAAAAAGUGUUUAAAUUGCCAGUCAACCCUUGGUCCAAAGACAAGCACUUAUAUAACCUUGGGAAGAUGUCCGAAGAGAACUGGCUUGCAUGCCUAUCAAGCUUUAGCAUGGCUUUGUUUUCUCGCAUCUUAAAUUGGAAGCAAGAACAAAUCGAGGUAUAUCUGGUGAAUGUUCGAAAAUCUAUCCCGAAUCGAAAUGUUCACGCCUAUAAUAAGAUAUAUGUUGUGUGGGGGAGGAAACCAGAAGAGAGCGAGAAAUUUUGGAGCAGUACCUCGCAAGAGAUGUCUUCCAAGGUUGAUGUGGCCCAAGGUGAAUCUGCAAAAAGUGUCGCUUGA